UGCCUAGGGUUCUCUUCGAUCCCCAACUUCCCCAAAUCACUUCAUCAUCUUCCCGAGCCUUUUUACCUCUUGCCCUUCGCGCCCCCUUAUCGCUACUGAUCCCCCGAGGCCUUGCCCCCUGUUGCGUAACAAUUUCCGAUUCCAAAUACUGAAAUCGUAGACCUCGUGGGUUUAGGAUCUAAUAGGGCCAAACCAUGGCGACCGCUUCAGGUUUCUCAUGAUAGGUUGAAAUUGGCUGAGCUUAUAAGCGACGUGGAGCAGCUUGUCUCAGUGUUUUGACAGAUGAGAAGUAUUUUAAGUGAAGCUUUGAAAAUCUGCAGUUGAUAAAGAAUGCUGGAGUCAAGGUCUGCUCCUUGAAUUGCAUUGUCACUUAGUCUAUGUUGUGAUAGUUGCUGAUUACGUAUAAUGGAUUGGGCUUUUGUCCAUAAAGUUUGGGACAAGUGGGCUUCUAACAAUGUUGGUUCUUCUGGUGAGCCAUUGAAAGCUGCUUUGCUAAUUAACUAUGAUCCAACCGGACCAUCUCGUUUGUUGUCUACAAUUGCAGAACAAGAAGGGAUUAAAGCCAACCCCAUUGAAUUGAGCCAGCUUGUGGAUUUCAUCAAGUGUAACAAACUCCAAACUGAGAGCUUCAUUAUUGGGACAAACCAAUAUGUGGUCACAUCAAUUCAUGAGAAUUGGUUCUGUGCAAGGUGCAUGAACACAGCAAAACGUGCUGGUGAAGGUGCCAUUAUAAUGCAAACAGCCGCAUUCCUCUUGGUUGCAUUGUAUGAUGGUUCAAUCGGCCCUGCAUCCCGUGCUAUGAUGGCUGUUGAUCAGUUUGCAUGGCAAUUAGGUCGAAGAAAUCUUUAAUCCCUAUUCUAGAAAUAUUAUGGUUGUAAGUUUCUAGUGCUACUAAUUUAUUUUUUAAAACAAUUCCAUUCAGUAUUCUGACUGGGGGCCUUAGGGAACUUGCUCAUUAGAUGUGGGCGUUAUGUGCUGCAAGGAAUGAUUCGAUAUAUGUAAUGAGCCCAAUUCUGACUAGUUCGAGAUAGUCAAUCUCUAGAAGAAGUUGUGAGAGAGACAGAAUUAGAGAAGAGUCCGAAUAUUCUCAGCGAGGAAUCUUUCACCCAGCUUGAGUUUAUGUAGUUGAUAUAUUGUGUUUACAGACGACAGCACAUUACAAGCAGACAUAAUUAACGAAGUGAUGUUUUGUACUUA